ACCGUGCGCCGCAGAUCUGCCCCCAAAGGCUGGAACUGGGCGGCCGCCUCCCUUCUUUGUGCGCGGCAUUGUGUUAGUAAAAGGGGAGGCAGAGGCUUCUCAGUCCGACUCAAAGUUCUCCGUUACAUCUGGAGCCAGAUUAAUUACAUUCGAAUUGAGAACCACUCUUCCACAUUGUACAAUUUGGUAGUUGCUAGGUUUAUGAACGAAGAUAGGGUGUUGUUUGAUGAUUGAUGGUCACUGUAUAAUAAAUACAGUAUUAUUAAAUACUGACCAGGAAGCUUUACACUUUUUCCAAGUAGUUGGACAUUAUCACGAGGUAGAAAUCCUAGAUGUUUGAUGCCUUCCAACUUGUACUUAAGGAACUUGGGGCUUUUUCUGAACAAAAUAAGAUAAUUUUAAAGUUAUUACUGUUAUUUUAAAUUAUUCCAGUGGGCAUUAGUAGGAAUGAUGAAACUCUUGAAUAAAAACGAUCCAUGAUAUCUCUACUGUCACCAAAAAGACUAUUUAGUUUAUGAUUAGUAAACAUGCUGGAGACAGAGCAGUCCUGAGCAGUAUUGUGAUAAUUAUGUCCGUGCUCGCAAACCUGCACUUUCUAGAGCUUUGAAGGACCAGUUAACUAGUAAGCUGGCAAUUGAGAAUACAAUAGUUUACUUUUGAGAGAUGCUAUUGUAUAUCCUCUUUGUCCACCCGAAAGGAGCUGUACUUACAGAAUUAUUAAAGCUUUUAUUAUUAAGAGUUUAGGCUAGUAAGAUUUAGGGGAAACAAUUUGGUGGUGAAAAAGCUUCUUAUGAGGGCAUUUUUCAAGUUUAUGUAACUAACAUAUUUUAGCAUUUAGUAGAUGAAAAUACUCUCACCUUGCUGGAAUUAUUUCUAAAGAAAAGGAAAAGAUUAUGUUAACCCUGGGUCAUUAAGAGCUUCCUAGUACUUAGUAACGAGUGGGUGUCGUUUCCAUAAGACAACAUUGUGGACAGGAAUAUGGCAAGUGUAUAAUCCUUUUUGCCCUUAAUAGCCUAAACCCAGAUCUACCAUGGAUUUGUUGUAAUUUCAGGAUUUGUAUGUAUCUUAUAAACAUGAAAUAAUAUUUUUGGGGGAAAAAUGUGAAUUUAAGUUGUGUUAUUCAUUUGUUGGAUUGUCUUAGUAAUUUAACAUUUUAUGUUUAUUUUUCUAGCAUUCCAUCCUUGUUUUCUGUUGAAGGUAAAGUUCAGUCAGUUUCCCUGCCUUGUUCUAGUAUUUCUUUUUUCUCAGAAUUACUAAAGAAUAGUUUCAUAUUACCUAUAGUCUUCUAGAAUGUGGAUAAGAGAGACUUCUCCAAAAAGAAAUAUGAGUAAAGUACUGUUAGGUCCUCAAAAGGAGGGAAUAUAUCCACAGAAUUAGAGAUCUUUGUUUCACCCUUUUUGUAUGUGUUUACUUCCUAGUACUGACCUGGCAUUGGGAGUACAGCACUGAAUGGGAUACUACUCCUGCCCAUCUUUCAAAGUGAACAUUGUAGCAGUUGGGACCGAGGAGAGAGAGGACCUUAACUCAGCUUCUCUGGUCAUGGAAGCCUUUCCAGGGAAGAUUGGGAUGGAGACAGGCAUAAAAUCAAUUCAAGCAAAAGGCUUUUACAUUUAAAUACAAGACAGUAAAAGUGUGGUCCAUAUAGAAAACUUCACAUAAUUACAUUUUACCCAAACACUGCUAAUUAAGGAGGAGGAAGUAGUUGUGACUGAUAAGGUAUGAAGAAAACUAGAAAAAUAUGGGAUGUGGUUAGGUACAGAAUUUCACCAGUACUUGACUUACUAGUUGCCAUAUUGCAUUUUAGUCAUAAGUAUUUUUGACCAAAUACUAUUUUCUUUGGUGCAAGAAGUUAACCCUGAAUAGAGAUUUCCUUAAGUAAAGACUCAGUCAAAACCAGGAGCUUUUUGUUUGGUUGGUUGAUUUUUUUGAUCAUGAAUGUUUACUCAGCUAAGAACUGGACGAAGGCAGAGCAUUGCUAGAAAUUCUGGUAUUGACUUUUCUGCAGUGUAUCAUUAUCACUGAUAAGUGCCUUGAGGCACUAAUAUUGGAAGAAUCAGGUUGAAAGAAAACAUCUGAAGGAAUGUGCAAAUUAUAAUGGUGUACAUAAUUUAAAAGAUACUGGAUAGGUUUUACCAGAGAACAGAAUAAAUAGUUGAAGUAAUGUUUUCUGGUUUGGUAAUGUGUCUGUUACAAAAUUAUUGUAGGAAACAUGGCACAUGUUACUUCUCACAUUCCAUUGGCUAGGACUGGCAUAGGACCAUACUAAGCUGGACAGCCAUUUCUCAACUACUCUAUACUUUGAGUGGAAAUAAGUGGAUUUUAGUAGGCAGCUGGUUAUCCAUAACAAGGUUUUUUGUAGGGAUUCUAAAAAAUAAAGGGAGUAGUGCCUGGGUGUUUGCCCGAGACAUUCUGACUUAGUUGGCUAGGCAUCAGGAUUUUUUAAAAUUUCCCUGGUGAUUUUAAUGUGCAGUCAAAUUUGAGAAGUACUGAUCUGUGGUCCCCCAUCCUGCGACAUUAAAGUUUGGUUAUUGUGAAAUGUAAUUUAGAGCAGGGGUCCCCAACCCCCAGGCUACGGACCGGUGCCAGUCCGUGGCGUGUUAGAACCGGGCUGCACUGCAGGAGGUGGGCUGCGGGCAAGCGAGCAUUAACACCUGAGCUCUGCCUCCUGUCAGAUCAACAGUCAGUAGAUUAUCAUAAGAGCGUGGACCCUAUCGUGAACUGCAUAUGCACAGGAUCUAGGUUGUACACUUUAUAUUAAAAUCUAAUGCCUGAUGAUCUAAGGUGGAACAGUUUCAUCCCUAAACCACCCCCUCCGCACCCCACCCCUCUCCUCCGGUCCAUGGAAAAAUUGUCUUCCAUGAAACCUGUUUAUGGUACCAAAAAGGUUGGGAACUGCUGGUUUAGAGUAUUCUCAGGAUGACGAUAAAUAGCAACUACCAUUUAUGGAAUACAGGCCAAAUUUCUGGUACUGUGCUGUUGUACUUAAACUAUUUCUAACCACAAUCCUGCUAUCAUCCCCAUUUUAGAGAUGAGAAAAUUGGCACAGAAGACUGGAUAACUAUUCCAGUGCCACACAGUUAGUAAAUGCCAAAGCUGGAAUUAGAAUGAAUGUAAGACUUCAAAGCAUCGCGUUCUCACCUUUAAGCCACAUUGCUUUGCUAAUGUGAGACUCUGCUAGAGAGUUGCUUUUGGAGUUUUCAGAGUUAAUGAUUCCACAAGAACCAUGUUAUUAAUAUUAUUAUGAGUUCACAGUUACCAGCCAAGAAAACUUGAAAAUGAGCAGCCGGAGGAAACGUGCUCCUCCAGUGAGGGUAGAUGAGGAAAAGAGGCAGCAGCUUCAUUGGAAUAUGCAUGAGGACAGAAGGAAUGAACCUAUCACAAUAAGUGAUGAUGAUGAGCAGCCCUGCCCAGGUUCCGAUACCUCUUCUGCUCAUUGCAUCAUUCUAAGUGAUAGUCUAAAGGAAGGAGUGGCUCACAGAGACAAGAAGUGUUCAAAAGUAGUGAGCUUCUCAAAGCCAAUUGAAAAAGAAGAGAUUGUUGGUAUUUUUUCCCCUUUGUCUGUAAAGUUGAAUAUUGUGAUUUCUCCCUAUCACUUUGAUAAUUCCUGGAAAGCAUUUCUAGGAGAAUUAACUCUUCAGCUUCUUCCUGAGCAGAGUUUAACUGAAAAUUUUUCCGAAAGGAGUAUUACAUUGAUGAGUUCAGAGUCAAGCAAUCAGUUCCUGAUUUAUAUUCAUUCAAAAGGUGAAGAUGUAGAGAAACAAAAGAAAGAACCAAUGAGUAUUUGUGACAAGGGUAUUCUAGUGGAGUCAUCCUUCAGUGGUGAAAUGUUAGAAGAUUUGGGUUGGCUGCAAAAGAAGAGAAGAAUAAAACUUUAUCACAAACCAGAAGGAAAUCACAUUAUCAAGGUUGGAAUUUAUCUUUUGGAAGCUGGCCUAGCAAAACUAGACUUCUUGAGUGAUGCAAAUUCAAGAAUGAAAAAGUUCAAUCAGGUUAUGAAGAAAGUAAUGGAAAAGUUACACAAUUAUAUUAUUCCAGAUGUGUUGGAAGAGGAUGAAGAUGAUCCGGAGAAUGAGCCAGAGGGACAAGACAUUGACGAGCUGUAUCACUUUGUGAAACAAACACAUCAGCAAGAAACACGAUCCAUCCAAGUGGAUGUCCAGCAUCCUGCAUUGAUCCCUGUGUUGAGACCCUACCAAAGAGAGGCUGUCAAUUGGAUGCUACAACAAGAGUGUUUCAGAAGCAGUCCUGCUACUGAAAGUGCCCUGCACUUCUUAUGGCGAGAGAUUGUUACAUCUGAGGGUCUGAAACUCUACUAUAAUCCAUAUACAGGCUGCAUCAUUCGUGAGUACCCAAAUUCUGGGCUGCAGUUGCUUGGUGGAAUUUUAGCAGAUGAGAUGGGUCUUGGAAAGACAGUGGAGGUUUUGGCUCUGAUUCUGACACAUACUCGACAAGAUGUCAAACAAGAUGCUCUCACUCUUCCUGAGGGAAAAGUGGUGAAUUACUUUAUUCCGUCACAUUAUUUUGGAGGAAAACUGAAAGAGACAGAAAUCCAGAAUAUCGAAUUUGAACCAAAAGAAAAAGUUCAAUGCCCUCCUACACGUGUGAUGAUCCUGACAGCUGUGAAGGAAAUGAAUGGAAAAAAAGGAGUGUCCAUCCUUUCCAUCUAUAAGUAUGUCAGUUCUAUAUAUAGAUACGAUGUUCAACGGAACAGGAGUCUUUUGAAACGGAUGCUGAAAUGUUUAAUUUUUGAAGGUCUCGUGAAACAGAUCAAAGGCCAUGGUUUUUCUGGGACUUUUACAUUAGGAAAGAAUUAUAAGGAAGAGGAUAUAUGUGAUAAAACAAAAAAGCAGGCAGUAGGGAGUCCAAGGAAAAUUCAGAAAGAAUCUAGAAAAUCAGGGAGUAAGGACACAGAUUCUGAAUACUUGCCAUCAAACACCUCUGAUGAUGAUGAUGAUCCUUACUAUUAUUAUUAUAAGUCCAGGAGAAAUCGUAGUAAAUUGAGGAAAAAGCCUCUUCCAUCCACAAAAAGAGGAAAAAGUCAACCAUUUAUCAAUCCCCAUUCACAAGGUCUCUGUCCAGCUACUAGCAACUCUGGAAUAAAUGAUGUUGCUAUGUCUAAAAGUACAUGUAUCUCUGAAUUCAACCAAGAAAAUGAAACAGAGGACUGUGCUGAAUCUCUAAAUCCUGCUGUUAGUGAUGUACCACCUUCUAAUACCAUGAGUCCCUUUAACACCUCUGAUUAUCGCUUUGAGUGCAUAUGUGGUGAACUUGAUCAGAUAGAUCGUAAGCCUCGUGUUCAGUGCCUGAAGUGUCACCUGUGGCAGCAUGCAACGUGCGUAAAUUAUGAUGAGAAAAAUCUGAAGAUCAAGCCUUUUUAUUGCCCCCACUGCCUUGUUGCAAUGGAGCCAGUGUCAACAAGAGCAACUCUGAUCAUCUCUCCAAGUUCCAUCUGUCACCAGUGGGUGGAUGAGAUCAACAGGCACGUGAGGUCAUCAUCUCUUCGAGUCUUGGUAUAUCAAGGAGUGAAGAAAGAUGGCUUUUUACAACCUCAUUUUUUGGCAGAACAGGAUAUAGUUAUUAUCACCUAUGAUGUACUUCGUUCAGAAUUAAAUUAUGUCGAUAUCCCACAUAGCAAUAGUGAGGAUGGGCGUCGACUACGGAACCAGAAGCGCUAUAUGGCUAUCCCGAGCCCCCUAGUAGCUGUGGAGUGGUGGAGGAUCUGCCUUGAUGAAGCUCAGAUGGUUGAAUGUCCCGCAGUAAAAGCUGCAGAAAUGGCCCAGCGUUUGAGCGGGAUUAAUCGGUGGUGUAUCAGUGGCACUCCAGUACAGAGAGGAUUAGAAGAUCUUUUUGGGUUAGUGGUCUUUCUUGGUAUUGAACCUUACUGUGUCAAACACUGGUGGGUUCGACUUCUCUAUCGGCCUUACUGCAAGAAUAAUCCUCAGCAUCUCUACAGCUUUAUUGCCAAGAUACUGUGGAGGUCUGCAAAGAAAGAUGUGAUUGACCAAAUCCAAAUACCACCACAAACCGAAGAAAUACACUGGCUCCACUUUUCUCCAGUGGAAAGGCAUUUCUAUCACCGUCAGCAUGAGGUGUGCUGCCAGGAUGUGGUGGUAAAACUCAGGAAGAUUUCUGACUGGGCUCUGAAGCUCAGCAGCCUGGAGAGAAGGACUGUCACCUCUAUCCUGUAUCCAUUGCUGAGGCUCAGACAGGCCUGCUGUCACCCACAGGCUGUUCGUGGGGAGUUCUUGCCACUCCAAAAAAGCACCAUGACAAUGGAAGAGCUGCUGACAUCUCUGCAGAAGAAAUGUGGAACUGAAUGUGAAGAAGCACAUCGACAGCUAGUUUGUGCUCUCAAUGGCUUAGCAGGCAUUCAUAUUAUUAAAGGUGAGUAUGCCUUGGCAGCAGAAUUGUACAGAGAAGUGUUGCGCUCCUCGGAGGAACACAAAGGAAAACUCAAAACUGAUUCACUUCAAAGACUUCAUGCUACCCAUAACUUGAUGGAAUUGUUGAUAGCCAAGCAUCCAGGGAUACCACCUACCUUGCGUGAUGGCCAACUUGAGGAAGAGGCCAAACAGCUGCGAGAGCACUAUAUGAGCAAGUGUAAUACAGAAGUUGCUGAAGCCCAACAAGCUUUAUAUCCUGUGCAGCAGACUAUCCAUGAGCUUCAAAGAAAGAUUCAUUCUAAUUCUCCUUGGUGGCUAAAUGUGAUCCACAGAGCAAUAGAAUUUACUAUUGAUGAGGAGCUUGUUCAGCGAGUGCUAAAUGAAAUAACCAGCAACUACAAGCAACAAACUGGCAAGCUUUCUAUGUCAGAGAAGUUCCGUGACUGCAGAGGUCUUCAGUUCUUACUUACAACACAAAUGGAAGAGCUAAAUAAAUGCCAGAAGCUAGUAAGAGAGGCUGUAAAAAACCUGGAGGGACCUCCAUCUCGUAAUGUUAUUGAGUCUGCAACAGUCUGCCACCUCCGACCAGCCAGACUUCCUCUCAACUGCUGUGUCUUUUGUAAAGCUGAUGAAUUGUUCACAGAGUAUGAAUCAAAGCUAUUUUCCAACACAGUCAAAGGCCAGACUGCAAUAUUUGAGGAGAUGAUAGAAGAUGAAGAAGGACUGGUGGAUGAUCGAGCACCUACCACCACCCGGGGUCUCUGGGCAAUAAGUGAGACAGAGCGAUCUAUGAAAGCAAUACUAUCAUUUGCAAAAUCGCAUAGGUUUGAUAUUGAAUUUGUUGAUGAAGGAAGCACUUCAAUGGAUCUCUUUGAAGCAUGGAAGAAGGAAUAUAAGUUGCUUCAUGAAUAUUGGAUGGCUCUGAGGAAUCGUGUGUCUGCUGUUGAUGAACUUGCAAUGGCUACAGAACGACUAAGAGUGCGUGAUCCUAGGGAGCCAAAGCCUAAUCCGCCUGUUCCUCAUAUCAUUGAACCACACGAGGUAGAACAAAACCGAAUAAAACUACUAAAUGAUAAAGCUGUUGCUACAUCACAGCUUCAGAAAAAACUUGGACAGCUUCUUUACCUAACUAAUUUGGAGAAGUCUCAAGACAAAACAUCAGGAGGUAUUAAUCCAGAACCUUGUCCAAUCUGUGCUCGACAGCUGGGAAAACAGUGGGCAGUACUGACCUGUGGUCACUGUUUCUGUAAUGAAUGCAUUUCUAUAAUUAUUGAACAAUACAGCGUGGGAUCUCACAGAAGCUCCAUUAAGUGUGCAAUCUGCCGCCAGACCACAUCUCACAAAGAAAUCUCAUAUGUCUUCACCUCAGAGAAAGCAAACCAGGAGGAGGACAUCCCUGUGAAGGGCAGCCAUUCUACAAAAGUGGAAGCUGUGAUCAGAACUCUGAUGAAAAUACAGCUUAGAGAUCCAGGGGCCAAAGCACUCGUUUUCUCAACGUGGCAAGAUGUAUUAGAUAUUAUUUCAAAAGCUCUCACUGACAACAACAUGGAAUUUGCACAAAUCAGUCGUGUUAAGACAUUUCAGGAGAACCUUUCAGCAUUUAAACGUGAUCCCCAAAUCAAUAUUUUGCUGCUGCCCCUGCACACAGGUUCUAAUGGAUUAACUAUCAUUGAAGCAACUCAUGUUCUCUUGGUGGAGCCCAUAUUGAACCCUGCCCAUGAGCUUCAGGCCAUAGGGAGGGUGCACCGAAUUGGACAGACAAAACCUACUAUUGUACACAGAUUCUUAAUUAAAGCAACAAUAGAAGAAAGAAUGCAGGCAAUGCUGAAAACUGCUGAGAGGAGUCACACGAACUCAUCAGUGAAGCAUUCAGAGGCUUCCGUCUUGACCGUGGCUGACCUGGCAGACCUGUUUACCAAAGAAACUGAAGAGCUUGAAUGAACUACACUUGAUUCAUUCCAUGGACUUUAGUGUAUUAAUAAACUUUCAUAGCUGUAGAGCAAAGUUACAAGUUUUAAAAACCCAGUAGAUAACAGUUACCACUGUUUCUAGUUGAAUGAAUUUGUUUCUUGUUCUGGUUAUACAGUGGCCUAGUACUUACUGAGUCCUUUUCAAUAUACUGUUUUCAGAAGAUCUAUAAAGAUUUUUAAUUUUACACUCCUAAUAAAAUAUUUAUUUUUUGUCCCAAAUAAUAUCUAUAUCUGACGAUGCAAGGGAAUUAAGAGAGGUAAUGUGUACUUUUCUUAUGAUAAGAUCAGUCAUAAAAAGAGUUGGAAUAAGAAAGUAAACUAGUCUAGUUUUAUAUGACCUGGUAUAUUCAACCAACAUAGAUCUCAGUUUUUGGAAGGGCCUUCAGUAUCUUUAGCACAUGAUUCACCAGUAUCUUGUUAGUAAUAUUUUAAGUAGAUGGUGAAUUACAUUAAUUCAUUUUUUGAGUAGGCUUAUACCAUAACUUUACAACUAGUAAUUUUGCAAUAAUACAACUCCUUAGAAUAAGUUAAUGUUAGACAGUUAUUUCUUUCUUCUGCAUCUUGCUACUGAAAACAAAAACAAUGAAAAUAUUCAUACUUCUAUUAUGUGUAAAGUGGUGUUAGUGUAGACAGUUGACUCCAAAUAGAUUUUUUUAAUGUAUUAAUGAUUACCUUAAAAUUAUCUGCUUUCUCUACUCUUAAUUUUUCUUAUUGUUAAAGUUUUUAUAUGUUGUAAGAUUGAUGUAUCUGUAAAUAUUGCAGUUUUUAUGAUUUUGUGUUAUUAUAACAUGGAAAUAUGGCAGGGUUUUGUUUCAAUCAUUAUUAUACUGAUGUCUUGGAUUCUUUUUCUCUCCCAUGUUCUUGUGUAACUAGAACUUUUUAGCCAGUGAUAUCUGAAUUCAUGGUAGAGUUGUUAUUUCACUCCAGUUGUUCCUCCCUUAAGCACGAGUCUUUGACCUUUUGAACAAGAGAAUGCCAUGUUCACAUAAGCGAAUCGUUGCAAGUGCUAAUAACCAAGUGUUCUUCUUCUGUGAGGAAUUAAUGGACUUUGAAAUUGCUGAAUAAGGAGUAGCUUGUUAUAUCCUAGCCAUUUGAUGUAAUACAAAUGUUCUUGUUUGGCUUCCUUUUCUUUGAGCCUUCAGAGUUUUAAAGGACCUUUUUUGACCCUCAGGACUUAUUAGCUCCUAGUUAGCUGCCUGGCAAACUCAUAGAACCAUCCCCUGGAUCCCAUUUGUCCGAGAGGCUUUGGUGCUCAGUUAAGGUGCAUUUUCUUACUCUAGGUUUAUAGAGUGAUGUAAUUCAACUGAAGAAAACACACACAUGCUUUUGGUGCUUAUUCUUCAGUUAAAAGGAGGUAUGCAUUGAUUCUUUUAUAUGAAAUUAAAUCAAACUUAUUUUUAUAGCUCUUUACAUAUUAAAAAGAGCUUUCCUGUACAUUUACAUGUUUAAUUUGCCCAACAAUCUUGUGAAGUUGAUACAAUUAAUAUCAUUCCUGUUUUAAAGGUAGAGAACUGAAGUUCAGAUACAUUGAAACUUUCUUAGGACAUGUAGCAAGUAAACAGUGGAGCCCAGGUACCCUGACUCCAUAUCUUACAUUCUUUUACUAAUAACAUGUCAUACUGAGAUUCAGAAGGCCCAUGCUUAUAAUUUAAAAAUGAGACUACUUCAGUAUUUCUUUGUGUUUAUUUUCUACUAUUCCUUUCUGAGCUAUGUUUUAGAGAAAACAAUUUGAUAUGCUUCAAUUUUGUAAAAACAAAUUACAUAUAUAUAUAAAAAUUAUCUGUAUUAGACAAAAACUGUUUUUAUUUAUUUCUGUAAGAUAUCAAUUAAAUAAAUAUUUUAGUGGAAAUGAAAA